GGUUAGUCUCAGAUAGAUCACGAGUUAAGAUCGUUUCAUCAAUCUGGACAGAAGAUAUUGCUUUCUUUUUGGAUUCUAGGAAUGGGCUCGAAGCAUCAGUCCUACAAAAACUCAUCGUCAUCUAAGCUGCUCUGCUUCAGACACUCUGCACUAGCUCUUAUCUUCACCUCCUUGUUUCUCUUCUUGGUGCCUUUUAGGCGCGGUCUGGAGCCACUCUUCGGUACUGACCAUACCCGCUUUAAUGGAGACCUUAGAGAUGCCAGGUUCCCCUGGAACCACCUUUGUUUUGGACCAGCUCUCGAGAAGCUUAAGCUUGCCGUCUUCUCCAAGACAUGGCCAGUUGACGCUGCCCCCGGUGGCAUGGAGCGGCACGCUGAGACUUUAUAUCGUGCUCUGGCUGCUAGAGGCCACGAGAUCCACAUAUUCACCGUCCCUUCUGAUAGAAAAUUACACCAUGAUAUCCACCAAGGGAGUCUCCAUGUCCAUUUUGCGGCCAACGAUCAUGGUUCAGUCAACUGUUCUUUGGCAUUCGAGAUAUUCAAUCAAGUGAAUGCGAACGGACCAUUUGAUUAUGUUCAUACUGAGAGCGUCUCGCUCCCGCACUGGCGUGCAAAAAUGGUAGCAAACGUGGCUGUGACUUGGCACGGGAUAUGGUACGAGAUCAUGCACUCGAAGUUGUUUCAAGAACUUCUGUCCAACCCCGACAGCCUUCUGCCAGGGCCCAUGACCGAGCUCCAGGAGGCGAUGCCAAGGCUCUUGGACGAGAUAAGGUUCUUCCCAAGCUAUACACAGCACAUAUGUAUAAGCAACAAUGCCGCCGACGUUUUGGUCAAGAUCUACCAACUUCCGCUUAGGAAAGUGCAUGUAAUUCUUAAUGGGGUCGACGAAACGAAGUUCACGCAUGAUCUAGUAGCCGGGGCCCGGUUCAGGAGGAGGCAUGGGGUCCCAGAAAAUGCAACCAUUGUUAUGGGAGUGGCAGGCCGGUUGGUCCGCGACAAGGGACAUCCGCUUCUCUAUGAGGCCUUUGCAUCCUUCACAAGGCGCCAUCCCGGCGUAUUUCUGCUUGUUGCUGGAUCUGGUCCUUGGGGAAGAAGAUAUGCUGAAUUGGGCCACACCGUAAAGGUUUUAGGGGCAUUGGAUCCUUCAGAGCUGUCCGAGUUCUAUAAUGCCCUCGAUGUGUUUGUAAACCCCACAUUGAGGCCUCAAGGACUUGAUCUGACACUGAUCGAAGCAAUGAAAUGUGGAAAGCCGGUUUUGACGCCGAACUAUCCUAGCAUUGUUGGGACAGCAGUUGUUAGUGAGGAAUUUGGUUACACAUUUUCACCCAAUGUGGAGUCAUUUGUUGAAGCCUUGGAGUCGGUAGUGCGAGAUGGAACGAAGAAGUUACGGAUCAAAGGCAAGGUCUGUGAGCAGCGUGCAGUUUCGUUGUUUACAGCGAGUAAAAUGGCAUCUGCUUAUGAGCGAUUCUUCCUUUGCAUGAAAAACUCCCAAUACUGCCAGUAUCCUCUUCCCACAGAUUGUUAGGACUAUUUCUGGUAUAUUGCAGAAGUACUCUCAGCCAUUGAAAAUUUAU